AUGGCCAAAAACUUCGCUGAAAUCAUCCUCUAUCUCGUCUUACCCGAAGAGGAGCUCAAAAGUCGCCCGAUUGUUCUUCUCGUUACUGAAAUUCUCAUCAACGGCGUUAUUCUUCCUCUCGUUGAGACAAUUUCCAGCCCUGAUUAUAUUAACCAAAUGGUUUGCUGGCUGUUGGAAAAUGCUGCGAAGGAUACUGAAGAUGCAACGGUCAAUUUGAUCCACGCUGCGAAAGAUUCAAGGUCUUUGGGCGAGCUAGAAGGGAUUCUAGAUGCGAUGGAAAGCGAGUGUGCGCAACUUCGAUCAAACGAUACUUGCGGACCGGAGUCGAUUGAGCAUCAAGAGCUGAUUCUUCUUGAAGAGCUUCUCAAGAUCGUCUCGGAAAGCUGCAAGAAGAUCAAGAAAGGAGGCAGAUUCGCAACGAACGAAAACAACGAAACGAAGACUGAUAAUCUCUAUGAUCUGAGCAUAGAUGUAGCGCUAGAAAAUAAGCUCGCGCUGGACAAGUUCCGAGAGUAUCUAAAAACGAUGCAGUUGGAACAGUACCUGCUUUUCUGGCUGCAUGUCGAAAAUUUCAGAACAAGCGCAGAGAAACUGAAGAUCGAUCGUCCAAACCGCGCUAAUUCAAUCAGCUCCGGUCGGUUUUCGGGUAUCUUCAGGACAAAAACGCAGUAUAAUAUUCAAACCGACACUCUUCGCACGAUUGCAUGUUCCAUUUACGACGAAUAUCUUCAUUCCUCUGCUAGAAAAAGACUUGAUUUAGAUGAAGCGCUGGUAAACAAACUGAAGCACGAGCUUUCUCAAGACAAUAUUUCCAUAAAAUCGACAUUGUUCGAUGAGCUACAGCAUAAAUGUCUCCAUGUGAUGACUACAGAUGUGAUGAUGUAUCCAGGCUUCCGGAAGUCAGAAAACUACCUCGAGCUCCUGAGAGAUCUGGACCUCGUUGGACUGUCAUCAGAAGAACCAUCGCUGCGGGAAGAAACGACAAGAAUUUCAGCUCAAUUGAUAGAUGUGAAUAUCACAAAGGAGUCCGGCUCAUCGCAUGCGGCCUUUCAGAUUAGCGUCACGAGGCUUGCAGGAACCGAUGAUUCCGAGAGCUACUCGAUCUUCAGAAGAUUUUCGGAUUUUCAUGAUCUUGAUUUGAGGCUGCGGGAAAUGCUUCCUGAUGCGGAUUAUAAAAAGAUGAACCUGCAACUUCCAAAUAAGACUCUUUUCAGGAAAAGAUACAGAAUUUAUUAUUUAACAUAA